ACCCUAAACUUCUGGCCAAGGAAAUCCCUGUUGAGCUGGAGACUGUGGCUCAGUGUAAAGGCUCACUAUAAGGCUUUGGUGUCAUCUUUUAUCGCUCGCUCGUUGAAGUUGUGCUCGUCUCGUCUCUGGAUAUUUCGCAGUGGGACGAGCAAGAGUUGAAUCUAGGGUUUGUUUUGGUCCAGAUGAACGACGGCAGGCAACGGAACCGCGUAUAAAAUGCAUGAUGGUCGUUGUGCCGGGGCGCUACCUUUCUCUGGACGAGUGUGUUUGCUCUUUUGCUCGCCGUUCCCCCGGUGUUUCUGUGAUGCUGAAAAGGAGAACCACCGGCUGCCGCGCUUCACAAGACAGCUAGCCUCCUGGGAGGCGAGUCCCAAUGCCAUGGCCUCCAGUAACAGCUCCUCCCCAGUGCCUCGCCCUGCCGGUGGAGGCCGAGAUGGGAUCUACCGCAAGGAGCACGGUGCUUCCCCUCCUCGCUGCCGGGGCAUUCGCUCCCUGCCUGAUGUUUGCCCCAAGGAACCGACAGGUGGGGGGCGGGGUCUCUGCAACGGUCCAUCCGUGGUGGCGGAACAUGACCGGUGGACGGUGUACAGCUCCAAGGUCAACCUCCCCGCAGCGUUAAACGACCCAAGACUGGCCAAACGGGAGUCUGACUUUUUUACCAAAACAUGGGGACUGGACUUUACAGAGAUGGAAAUCAUGCCCUCCUUCUACCUGCCCAUCAUCACCAAGGAACACUUUGGGCCGUACCUGCAGGAAAUGACACAGAGGGAACGAAUCCACGAACGCUGCAAGACGAUCUGUCCUAAUAAAGAUGAUGUGGAUGCAGUUUCCAGUGUCACCACCAACCACGACAAAUCCAGAGCCGAGCUCGAACAAGUUCCAAAGAUUUUUAUGAGGCCAGAGUUUGCUUUGGAGGAUCCAGCUACUUUCAACACUGUCCUGCCAUGGUCACACUUUCACGGUGCGGGGGGGAAAAGCAGAGACGUGGCCUCCUCCAAACUGCUGCAGGAAAAGCUGAGUCACUACCUGGACGUCAUAGAGGUCAGCAUCGCUCGGCAGAUCUCGCUGCGCUCCGAGGCUUUUUUCCACGCCAUGUCCUCCCAGCACGAGCUGCAGGACCGGCUGCAGGAGACGCAGCAGGCAGUGGCUGUCCUGCGGAGCCGGACAGCAGCCAUGGACCGGGUCAUGUGCCAGGGGCCUCUCCGGGCCCUCCGCACCGCGCUGACACGCAACAACUGCGUGAAGCUGCACAACAAGCUGAAGCUGAUGGCGGCGGUGCAUCAGACGCAGCCCACUGUGCAGCUCCUGCUCUCUACCUCAGAGUUUGUUGGAGCGCUGGAGCUCAUCGCCACCACCAAGGAGGUGCUGCAGCAGGAGCUGCAGGGAAUCCACAGCUUCAGACAUCUGGGUUCCCAGCUGUGCGAGCUGGAGAAGCUGAUCGAUAAGAUGAUGGUGGAGGACUUCAGCAUGUAUGCCCGCAGCGAUCUGAACCGCAGUCUAAAGGAGGAGCCACAGGUGCUGGAGAAGGUCCCUAAAUCAAAUGCUGACUCUCAAAAGGAGCGCCUGGAGUCGCUGGUGUUUGGUCUGCUGCGGCAGAGGAAGCUGGACUUCCUGGAUAUUUACAGCGAUGAGAUGAUGACGGCUGCUAAGGCCAUUGUCUCACAGUGUGUGGCAGAGUGUGUUGUGCACAUUGAAGAAAUUGACACUGAAGUUUUCGUUAAGCUAGCUGACCAGAUGCGUCUGAUGACGUUCCCUCAGUGGUUUGAGCUGCUAGAAAACGUCUUUGAGAGUUUCCUUCUCUUCCUGCAGAGAAUCAAGGAUACGUUAAACGUGAUCAGCAAUGUAGUUCUUCAGGUUCUGUCUUCAAACCACAAGAAUCGACUCGUGGCAGAAAGCAGUCCAGGCCCAGUGGGCCAAGAUGCCUCCCAGGGGGAAGCUGAGCUAGCUUACCUCACCCACGAGGGUCUGUUCAUCAGCGAUGCUUUGAAUGAAGCCCAGCAACAGCAGGAGUCGGGCUUGGCAGGUCAGGAUCAGCGCUCCACAGUGGGCUCAAGGUUCCAGCAGAACCGGGCCGAAGCUGCUGCAGAAAGCGACACUUCCUCCGGGGUCACAGAAACGUCUGGUGGCAGAGAACACAGCUUCAUGUCUGGUGAGAACUUGAUGCCCACUGAGCUGGAGCUGAACCGCGUGAUCAACAACCUGCAGGAGCUGCUGUACAUGGCUUCUGAUGUUAGCCACGACCGCUGCGUCAAAGUCCUCACGGCCAGAGCCAAGGACGGCUCCCUGGAGCGCCUGACCUCGGCGGAGUUCGUGUCCCUCUCUCAGGCUGUGGAGAGGUUCGUCAGGGAUACAGAGAAGCUGUGCGGCAGGCGAAGCGUCUCCCUGAGGGGGGCGCUGCAGAGCCAGGCCAACCGCUUUGUCAACCGUUUCCAUGAAGAGCGGAAAACCAAACUCAGCCUCCUCCUGGAUAAUGAGCGCUGGAAGCAGGCAGAGGUUCCAGCCGAGUUUCAGGAUCUGGUGAACUCCAUAGCCGACGGCAGAAUAUCCCUACCAGAGCGCAAAGCGUCAGGCCCAGAGGACAGGAAACCUGCCGAGUUUCUGCUUGUUAACGGCCAGAAAUAUGCUGUUGUUGGAACGGUUCUGCUGCUGAUCCGGAUCUUUCUGGAAUACUGUCAGUGUGUGAACGACAUCCCAUCCAUCACCACAGACAUGCUGACACGUCUGUCCGACCUGCUCAAGCACUUUAACUCCCGCAGCUGCCAGCUGGUUCUAGGAGCCGGAGCUCUGCAGAUCGUUGGUCUCAAGACCAUCACUACAAAAAACCUGGCAUUAGCGUCCCGCUGUCUGCAGCUGGUGGUUCACUACAUUCCCAUCAUCAGAGCUCAUUUUGAGACCAAACUGCAGCCCAAACAGUUCAGCGUUCUCAGACACUUCGACCACAUCACGAAGGACUACAAUGAUCAUAUAGCUGAAAUCUCUGCUAAGCUGGUGGCCAUCAUGGACAGUCUGUUUGAGAAGUUUUUGGCAAAGUAUGAAGUGAAGGCCCCGAUGCCGUCGGCCUGCUUCAGAAACAUCUGUAAACAGAUGGCCAAGAUGCAUGAAGCCAUCUUUGAUCUUCUGCCUGAAGAACAGACACAGAUGUUGUUUCUGAGGAUCAAUGCUGGUUUUAAAAUGCACCUUAAGAGGCAGUUGGCUCGACUCGGGGUCAGUAAUGACGGAGGACCGCAGCAUGGGCUGGUGGUGGUGGACGUGGCCUUCUACACAGAGAACAUCCUGGCCCUGAAGAGCCUCGAGCGACUCGACCUAAACAUGGCGGAGAUCUGGGAGCAGAAGAGGUGAUGGAGGAGCAGAGUCUGGACGUCCAGAUCAAACAAUCCCGCACACCCAGAAACAAGGGGCGAGCCUUGGCCAACAGUGGCUGUCUGAGAUCGGGGUGGAGGAGGCCCCACAGGGACCAGAAACACUAAUCUAGGAGAGGAGCAGUGGCAGCGAGCUGGAACUUUGACAGCUUCAAAGUGGAAAGAAAACACACACAGAGCCACCUCAUCCCACUGUGUGCAAUUCAAUAGAAAUACUAGUAAAUUAUUGGAGAGGGUUGGUGGGCAGAAGGAAAACACAUGGUGGGGUAAUUUAUUUUUCUGACUUCUUGCAAACAUUCUUACCUGGGACAAACUUUUCCUUCAGCUGGCUGUGACGGUAAAGGGUUUUUCUUACUUUUAUACUAACAAGCAGCUUUUUUGUGGGACUUGCUGUGUCAGGGGAAAUCCUGAUCCUUAAGAAUUGAAAACAUCCCUGACUGUGAAGGCAUCACAAACCUCAGCUUCAUCCUGUUGUUACCAAAGUAAAACUAAUGUUUCUAAUGUGGGGAAUUCUGCUGUUUAGCCAAUCAUGCAUCAUGUCCUCUUUAGCCGGUUGCUACUCAGGCUUAGCGAUUGGGAUGAUCACAGAAGAAGGGAGAGCGGUGAUUAGUAUUUAGAAAUGUCACAGGGGGCCCCCCCCUUCAGUCGGCUUCAUCCUUUCUUUCCUCAAGUCUCUUCUUGGGAGGGGCGGAGUUACCGGCUGUAAGUCCGCACAGAGAAUGCUCUAUGCACCGGCUGCUAAUAAGAAUCAGCACAAAGAGGAGGUGAGCUGAGGCCAGUUUCCAAAUGGGCUCCGCUGCUUGUAGCUUUUCACUGACAGAUUAUGAAGCAUUUGGUGGAUUUAGUUCAAACCCCCACAGGUUCUGGUUCAGUGCGUUGAGCUGUGUUCAGCUGCCUCUGUACAAUCACUGUUUAAGGGAACAUGGGGAUGCUAGUUCUCCUACGAGGAAGAAAAAUGACAAAAUCCAGGGUGAUGAAGCUAGUAAACAUUGGAUGGGGCUGUAACUGUAUGUGUGUGUGUGUGUGUACGUGAAUGUGUGCAGUUGCUGACACAGUUUGAAGUCGGUGAACUGGAAACUACUUGAGCACAUCUGUCUCCAGUAAAGCAUGAACGCUCAUCACUGUUUGCUUCAGAAGUGCCUCCUUUUGAUCUGUUGUUAGAGACGACACAUCUGAGCUCUUCAAUACAGUGUGCCUACCAUAUACCACUGUGUGUCUGUGCAAGGGAGCCAGAGUGACCCAGUCUGGGAGGAAGCGUGUAUGAGAGUCCCAAAGAUGUUGAUUUCUUCAAUCCUGCUGUGAAUAAAACGGAAUGAUGGAUUGCA